UGGUUGCCGUGGCUCAGACAGAGAGGAGGCGUGCGAGCAGUCAAGAGCGCUCCAGCAGGAACCGCAUCACUUGACAGUAGCGGUGAAGAGGCAAUAACUUCACACAAGUUGACGCUGUUGACUUUUUUUUUUUUGGGUCCCACCCCCCACCCUCUUCCAUAAUGGCUGAUCACCACCUUUUACAUUAUAACGACUCAGCCGGGGUCGGCAACAAAUUCGCCCGCAAAGGUGCUUUGCGGCAGAAAAACGUGCACGAAGUGAAAAACCACAAAUUCACCGCCAGGUUUUUCAAGCAGCCGACCUUCUGCAGCCACUGUACGGACUUCAUAUGGGGAUUCGGCAAACAGGGCUUCCAAUGCCAAGUGUGCUGCUUUGUAGUUCACAAACGCUGCCACGAGUUUGUCACCUUCUCCUGCCCCGGAGCCGACAAAGGUCCCGACACAGACGAUCCCCGAAGCAAGCACAAGUUCAAGAUCCACUCCUACGGCAGCCCCACCUUCUGCGACCACUGCGGCUCGCUGCUCUACGGCCUCAUCCACCAGGGCAUGAAAUGUGACACCUGUGACAUGAACGUGCACAAGCAGUGCGUGGUCAACGUGCCGAGCCUGUGCGGGACCGACCACACCGAGCGCCGGGGUCGCCUCUUCCUCAAGAUCGAAGUCGGCGGCGACAGGCUACACGUCACAGUGGGCGAAGCCAGGAACCUGAUCCCCAUGGAUCCCAACGGUUCAUCGGACCCUUAUGUCAAACUCAAGCUCAUCCCCGAUCCAAAGAACGAAACCAAACAGAAGACCAGGACCAUCCGUUCAUCCCUGAACCCAUGCUGGAACGAGUCCUUCACCUUUAAGCUGAAAGUGUCGGACAAGGACCGCCGACUGUCCAUCGAGGUGUGGGACUGGGACCGGACCACCAGGAACGACUUCAUGGGCUCCAUGUCGUUCGGAGUGUCCGAGCUGAUGAAAGCGCACACGUGCGGCUGGUACAAGUUGCUGAACCAAGAGGAAGGCGAGUACUACAACGUACCCAUCCCGGAGGUGGACGAGGUGGAUUUGGAGCUCCGACAAAAGUUUGAGAAAGCCAAGAUGGGCCACGGCAAGAAAGUCAUCACGCCUUCGGACCACCGGCGUUUCAGCUUCCCGUCGGGCAACGCCGAGCGUCUGCGCCUAAGCGACUUCAACUUCCUGGCCCUGCUGGGCAAAGGCAGCUUCGGCAAGGUGAUGCUGGCCGAGAUGAAGUCUACCGAGGAGCUGUACGCCAUCAAGAUCCUGAAGAAGGACGUGGUCAUUCAGGACGAUGACGUGGAAUGCACCAUGGUGGAGAAGAGGGUGCUGGCGCAGAGGGACAAGCCGCCCUUCCUCACGCAGCUCCACUCCUGCUUCCAGACCGUGGAUCGCCUUUACUUUGUAAUGGAGUACAUCAACGGAGGAGACCUCAUGUAUCAUAUUCAGCGGAUGGGCAAGUUCAAGGAGCCACAGGCCGUGUUUUAUGCAGCCGAGAUCGCUGUCGGGCUAUUUUUCUUGCACCGGAAAGGAAUCAUCUAUAGAGACCUGAAGCUUGACAACGUGAUGCUGGACUCGGAGGGCCACAUCAAGAUCGCCGACUUUGGCAUGUGCAAGGAGAACAUGUACGAGGGCAUGUCCACGCGCACCUUCUGUGGCACGCCUGACUAUAUUGCACCAGAGAUCAUUGCCUACCAGCCGUACAGCAAGUCAGUGGACUGGUGGGCAUAUGGAGUUCUGCUCUACGAGAUGCUGGCAGGACAGCCGCCGUUCGACGGCGAGGAUGAGGACGAGCUCUUCCAGUCCAUCAUGGAGCACAACGUGUCCUACCCCAAGUCCAUGUCCAAAGAAGCCGUGUCCAUCUGCAAAGGGCUGAUGACUAAACACCCGUCCAAGCGGCUGGGCUGCGGGCCCGAGGGCGAGCGGGACAUUCGGGAGCAGGCCUUCUUCCGCCGCAUCGACUGGGUGCGACUGGCCAACAAGGAGAUUCAGCCACCCUUCAAGCCCAAAGUGGGCGGCAAGGGAGCGGAGAACUUUGACAAGUUCUUCACGCGCACGCAGCCCAUGCUGACGCCGCCCGACCAGAUGAUGAUUGCCAACAUCGACCAGAGCGAGUUUGCCGGCUUCUCCUACAUGAACCCACAGUUUGUCCACCCGUCACUGCACAGCGUGGUAUGAGCCGGCGCCGCUCUGGACCGCCUUGGACGGGCCGGCCGGCCCCUUCUACCCCUGUCUUGUCCUCUAAAGUUCCGACAGCUAGCUGUCACUUCUGCAUGAUGUGACUGAGGAGCAAGCUCCCCGUGAAGCCCCCCCCCCCCCAGACUCACUCCUUGUGCUUUCGCCACUGGCCCGCCUCCCUCGUGCCACAAUGCACGACAAGUACGACCUGUGUCGACUUUGGGGAUUUCAAAAGAAGAACACUGGCGCCAAAGUACAAGUGGCCAAACAUUAUGAGGGGUCGCACUUUGAAUGGAAUGAGCACGGGCUGCCCGGCAGGUUUUGGGCCCAUUACGCGGCGCUGUCGAUCAAUCCAGCUCCAAGAAGCUCUUUCCUUAAGCUGCUGCAUGCCGACCUGGCAACUCUGCGCCAGCUUUCCCGUUGUCAAACUCGUACGUGUAAAGUUGAGCACCACAAAACGUACGGCGUAUGUUUGAAGCCGCCUGUGUUUGUUGUACGUGCGCCAUCCCCAUUCAACACUUUUGCCUACAAAAAGCUUUUAUACCAACAACUGAAUGUGCUUGGACACCCCCGACCGCCCCCUCGCCUUUCCCCUCGCCGUCAUCGAGGUGAGAUUUGGCUUUGCGGUCACAUUUCCUCUCCAUCGUGGAGCUCCUCAAACGUUUUACAAGUCCCAAAACACUCGGCAGUCCAAGUAGCAGCAGUCAAGCAUUGUGAAAAUACGCUCGUGUCGUGGGCCAACAUGUGGACUGGAGAGCGGGUUGGGGCCGUGUGCAUGUGUGUGAGGCGAGGCGUGUUCCAAGCAUGAACAAGAACCUCUGCAUGACGCAGUGCACACUUGUUUGUCACUCCACAUUUGGAUCGAAUUGCUUCUGUUGCCAAAAGUGCGUCGCCUCGCUUGCGCUCAAUUCUGUCGGCUGGAGUUCUUGGAUUCCACCUGACUUGAACGGCUGCCAAAUUUCACCCCAAUUCACUCGCAUUCAGUAUUGGAGAACGUUGACGUGUCUCACAUUGAGAAUCGGGAUGGGAGGAGCUCGUCAAAUGGGCAGAGAAUAUUCUUUUUUAGGCCUAUGUGUCAAAAUGGAACAACUCGAAGCUUCCGUGUGUAUUUUAAACAAUGACAUUCCCGAGCUACAGACGAAGUUUUGCCAGAGUUGGAAGCACGGCCAUGAUUGUUUGUUUGUUUCUUGCCGACUCGUCUUGGUGUUCCUCUCGUCUUUGCUCUAUGGCAGGGGUGUCAAACUCAUUUUUUUCGCGGGCC